GCGCGUGGCGCGGUACGUAGGGGGUGGUUUCGUCUGCACUGCGACUAGGUGUUUACUGGGAGACAAGCGGGGACAUUCUGAAGGGAAACAAGGACGCAGACUGAGCGCCCACAAAUAGGGAGGAUGCUGGUGGUGGAGGUGGCGAACGGCCGCUCCCUGGUGUGGGGGGCCGAAGCGGUGCAGGCGCUGCGGGAGCGUCUGGGCGUAGGGGGCCGCACGGUGGGCGCCCUGCCCCGCGGCCCCCGCCAGAACUCGCGCUUGGGCCUCCCGCUGCUGCUGAUGCCGGAGGAGGCACGGCUGCUGGCAGAGAUCGGCGCCGUGACCCUGGUCAGCGCCCCGCGCCCGGAUCCCCGCGACCACGGCCUGGCUCUGGCAUCAUUCAAGCGCCAGCAAGAGCAGGGUUUCCAGGAGCAAAGCGCCUUAGCAGCUGAGGCCCGUGAGACCCGUUGUCAGGAGUUCCUGGAGAAGAUCGCAGAGGGCCAGGCUGUGAAGAAGCAGAAGCUACAACAGGAUUCAGGGUCUGGCGGGAGCCAGGAGGCUGCUGGGAGCCAGGAGGCUGCUGGGAGCCAAGCUGUUGGAGAGAACGAGGCCAAUGCUAGCCAGGCUUCCAGAGAGCACGAGGAAGCAGGUGAAGGUUCCUCCUCUUCCCAACCAGGGCCUUCAGAUGGGGUGGCCCCCCUGCCUAGGUCUGCUCUGCUUGUCCAGCUGGCCACUGCCAGGCCUCGACCCAUCAAGGCUAGGCCCCUGGACUGGCGUGUCCAGUCCAAAGACUGGCCCCACGCUGGUCGUCCUGCCCAUGAGCUGCGCUAUAGCAUUUACAGAGACCUGUGGGAGCGAGGUUUCUUCCUCAGUGCUGCCGGCAAGUUUGGGGGUGACUUCCUGGUCUAUCCUGGUGACCCACUACGUUUCCAUGCUCACUACAUUGCUCAGUGCUGGGCUGCUGAGGACCCAAUCCCGCUCCAGGACUUGGUUUCUGCCGGCCGCCUUGGAACCAGCGUCAGAAAGACCCUGCUCCUCUGUUCACCGCAGCCUGAUGGUAAGGUGGUGUACACCUCCCUGCAGUGGGCCGGCCUGCAGUGAACUCCAAAGGCCUAGGAUGAUGGUGUUACUAUGUCUGCGGCAGGAGCCUUUGUAGAAGUUCCCAAGCUCAUCUCUGCAUGGCAGGCUAGAGCACCCUCCUACCUCGCUCUAGGGUUAGUUUUUGAUUCCAGGUUUUUAAGCACUACAUCUUAUAUCCCUCCCUGUUUCAAAGCACUUAUUGGCUGUGUUAUUUUUUCUAUUUCCAACUGUUCAUCUCUUAAACUGUGAGCUUCUUGAGUGUGAGGACUAGGUUUGAUUUGUCUCUGUUUUCCACAGGGCCUGUCUCCCAGGAAGUUUCAAUAAACUUGUUGGAUAAAUGUCAAGUCUGAUUUGAAUCCAUACAACAACCCUGGGAAGUGUGGUGUUUUUAUCCACGUACACAGAUGAGAAGAGGGCAGUGGUGGUUAAGUGGUAGAAUUCUCACCUU